AUGAACCCUAAAAAUCAGCCUGUUUAUGUCCUUCGAUUCUGCGGUGUAUCUGAUGAAAAUCCAGGACCUGCUGGUGCUGCAGCUAUACUGCUUGGUGAAGAUAGGACUGUGCUUUAUCGAUUCCGCUGGGGACUGGGAAAUCAAACAGCUAUUGCUGCUGAGUAUCACGCGUUAAUUUUAGGAAUGAAACAAGCCAUAAUUAAAGGAUAUAAGAACAUCAUUGCUGAAGGAGACUCGGGGCGUGUUAUCAAUCAGGUUAAGGGUUUUGAGUACGCACAUGAGCCUAUAAGGAGGUUAUGGGUUGCGGUUUUGGAGUUGAAGCACAGCUUUCACGCAUUCCACAUCCAUCUAAUUCCUAGGCUCGAAAACAGUUUAGCGGAUGCUCAAGCAAAGCAGGCUGCUAACCUUCAAGAAAGUGAAGUUCAAGAAGAUGAUCUCGUUGCAUGA